AUGGAAUCCCCUAUCGACUUCCACGCGGACCUCCGCGUCACCAGCACAGCGCCACCGCGUACAGAAGCUUACAUCCCCGCCUCGACCAUCCAAGUCCACGCAUCCAACCUCAUCCUCCUCCCCUCGGGCGAGCUGCUCUGCGCCUGGUUCGGCGGCUCCAUGGAGGGCAUCUCAGACAUCUACAUCUGGCUGUCGCGACUCGCGCCCGGCGCCAGGGAGUGGACCACGCCGCUUCAGGUGUCCCAAGACCCGGCCCGCAGCGAGCAGAACCCGGUACUCUUCCUCGACGAGAGGUCCGGCAACCUCUGGUGCAUCUACACGGCCCAGGAGCACGGCGCCCAGAACAAGUGCCUCGUAAGGCGGCGCAUAUCCACCGACCUCGGCAGGACCUGGGGCGAGGCCCGGGAGCUGUUCCCCGAUCGCGGCAUCUUUGUCCGCCAGCCCAUGGUCGUCCUCAAGGACAAGAACGGGCCCGGCAAGGACGUUUGGGUCCUGCCCGUCUUCCACUGCCGCGCCGAAGAGGGCGUCGAGUGGGUCGGCAACGACGACGUGUCUGCCGUGCGGUACUCUGAGGACUCGGGCGAGACGUGGAAGGAGAGCAUGGUGCCCGAGUCGCGCGGUGCCGUGCACAUGAACGUGCGCCCGGACCCCUCCAGCCCUGGCAAGUUUGUGGCCGUGUACCGCAGCCGCUGGGCCGACAACAUCUACCUGUCGCGGUCCGACGACUGCAUCAGCUGGACCAAGCCCGAGCCGACGGAGCUGCCGAACCCCAACUCGGGCAUCUGCCUGGGCGUCCUGCCGAAAUCCGGGAAGCUGGCGCUGGUCUACAACGACUCGCGCGCCACGCCGGACAUGGUGCAGCGCACGGGGCUGUACGAUGACAUCGAGACGGACGGGCCCAAGCUCAAGAAGCAGGCCAUGGUCGGUGACAAGGCCGCCAUCUGGGGCACGCCGAGGAGCAAGAUGACGCUGGCGCUGUCGAGCGACGGUGGACGCACGUGGCCCGAGAAGCGGUUGCUGGAGGAGGGCGACGGAUUCUGUCUCACAAACAACUCAAAGGACAAGAUAAACAAGGAGCUCAGCUACCCGAGCAUCAUGGUGGCGGACGACGAGACUAUGCACAUUGGCUUUACUUUCUGGAGGCAACGGAUCAAGUAUGUGAAGGUGACAGCGGAGUGGGUAAAAGGCUAG